UGGAUUCACGUCACUUGAAAGCUCAGGUCACGAUUGGGUUCUUUUUAAAGAAACCUGUACAAGUGUUGUGCAUUGUUGUAAGCUUUAUCGUCCUUUUGCUGGCGGUCUACAUUGUGUAAACGUCUGACCGAACUUUAUCAUGGAUAUGCAAAUUGGGUUAUAGGCUAUCGGUAACGCCCAAAACGGAUUGACGCUGUGGUUUCACCAUACAGACACGCAAAAACAACCGUUGCGCAUUUAAAAGUGACUAGCCUAUACACUUCAAAAUCACUACUGGAAAAUAAACCUUGAUUCAAGGAAUUCCGCGCACACCUACCUAUCCACGAUGAAUCUGUAUAAUCGGCAACAACGUGCGUUUCUGACUGCAUCACUCUUUCUGGCUGUUGGUAUCGGUUCUAUGGUAGCCGAGGGACGUUCGGAGUGCUGCCCAACGUGUUCAGCGACAUCCGUCACUCCUCUGAACCAGAGUCAAGUCCAACAAGUCAUGGACAACAGAGACUUCAUUCUUAAUCUCCGGCAGAACCCGCAUCUGCUUUACAACGACUCCUACCAGCGUCCCAUUGUGAAGCUGACUCGGCAGCAGGAGCUCCAGAUCUUGAGAAAUUACCCCGAUUUGUUGGUGAGCCGGGAGACUUUCGAGCAAGCAGGGGAACUCGACUGCACUCCGUCGAGCUUCGUCGGCAUUCGGUGCUCUGUUUGCCCACCCGGAUGUGUCCCUAAUGUACAAAGGAAUAGUCCUACUUCAAGUACUUGCGUGCCCGAAUCCACACCAGCUGGACGACGCCGCCGUCGGCAAACGUCUCCCAGGAUAUGUAUGGCGAAGCAAAGCACCGAGCCCUUCAUUCUCGUAAACACGCCCUCUGGUCACGUGGUCCAAUUGGCGCAGACCGGGGACAAGAACCAGUGGAUCUUAAAGGAAACCUGCCAGAAAGCUAUGGAUCAAGGCUUUUCAUGCGGUCUGGACGACGAGGGUACUGAUAUCCCAGCAUUGUUCAUCAACCUCAGCAAUAUCAUUCUCACGGGCGGCUCCUCCAGCGAUUUCGACAUGGCCUACGUUACCGUGCGUUGCUGCGUUGCAAUGUCAGGAUGAGCUAUGUGAUGAUGAAUGGGGGACUGGAUGUUAUAAAGCGAGGGGGGGGGGACUUAAAUCCGCUAACCAUGGUCACGAAUAUGACAAAAAUGUAAUUUUCAAAGGGGAGGGGCAACUUGGGGCCAGGGGAGGGGGUGCCCCUGGCUUCGCCUCUGUGUUGUAUACAUUAUACAAGGUAAACACAUACACUCAUGGAUGCACCUUCAAUGGCAAAAAGCAUUGUAUCAGCUGAUUGUUCCGAUGCUAUCCGUCAUGGGCAAUAAACAAUUGCUUUGUAUACAACAGCUGCAGUGCUUUCGCCAUUGAAGGGGCCUCCUCUAUAAGCAUGUAUAGUCACGGAAUGGUGUACAUGUACGUAUAUCACUCACUAAUGAUUAAAGAGGUUGUGGAAUGCUCGAAGACAUUCCCGUCAUUUUUCGGGUACAUGUAGCCUAAUGGUGUAAUGAUAUAAACACGACUAUUGUGUCUGUCAUGAAAUGAGUACAAAAGGUAAUUUUGAGAGCUGUUUUUUAGGUCCUGUUUCGACCCGAACGUGCAAUUUGUGUAAAAGUCGUCGCUGGGGGCAGGGAACAAAACAUAGUAAAUCGUGACGUCAUAAACAGGACUCGUUUAUACUACGCUGCAUGUGGUGGUAUCACCGCGACGCUCGCAAGCAGGUGGUACGCGCGCACUCGGUGCUCCUUUGACCAAUGGGGUUUCAAAGUUACACGCGCGCUUUUGGCAUCACGCGCGUUUACAAUGAGCAGGUGGUAUACGCGCGCACUGGGUGCUCCUUUGACCAUGCCAAUGGGGUUUUCAAGCCACUCGCGCGCGUCUUAUGAACGCUUGUGGCAUGCGCGCAAGUGAGCGUGGUGCAUUGUGCCAUUUCAGCAAUGGCGGUCACCAUUCCAGUAGUAUUCACAAGUCAUAUGCAGUUGAGGACUCGACAAAAAAAACGACUCGAAAACAUUAACAACACAAAGAUGUCAGAGUGGAGAAUUUAUGGUUAAGGAAGUCAACGACGGUGAAGAGGAAACGAUGAUGGGCAAGUAUGGGAACAGACGUUGGGAUAAAAAUGAAGAGAAAAUAUAGUUGAACUAGGAAAACAAGACAUGAACAUGAUUAGGCCUAGCCCCAUAAAUGUGGCCAAUUUACUGGACUACCUCCGUAAAUAAAGGCCACACUUCCACCAUGUACAAAAACAUGUCGAACUUUGUCAAAUUUUGAUUUUCACAUUUAGGCUUACUCACCCUCUUCAUAGGCUAAUCAGAAAGUGCUGCCUUUUUUCAGAUGUCUAUUUUUUGUGAAAUUUCCAGAUUCGUUUGCACACGUUUCCGUAUCAAGAACACGCAUACACAACAUUAAAAUACAUGUACCCACUUUUUCAUUAUUUCAAACUUUAUAUGUACUCUCCUAUAUACAGUUUAAUAAUUAUAAACCUUUUUACUGUGUAGUAUAUUUAAUACUCAGAGCAAACAUUUUCAAGUUGUCAAUUUGCAUCUAUCUACAAUUUGAUGUUUAAUAUGUACGGUUCGGUGUGCGUAAUCAUUUAUACAUUUUACGUAAUACUCAGACGUUCAGUUCAGUUCUAAAUGUCACAAGAAGUUUACUUUGCGAACUGAAAACUGAGUUCUUUUUAAAUACAUGGUUAAUUUACUAAUGCUUUAAUUUUCCGUUAGCUCUCGUUGAAACAAGCUAUCACAAAACAAAUCUGAUUAAAUCCUGUGGACACGACAGUGCAUUUUAUUAUGAGCACAAUGGAAGGGACCGACGCUGCUCUUAAAUUCUAAUAAAUGUACAUGUUUUUGCCUAGGUUUAGCUGACUUGGUAUUAACGGGAGUCCACUGGGCAUAAUAUAGCAACUUUAAUGACACAGGUGAACAUUUUCAGGGUACAUCCAACCAUUAUUUGUCAAUUUAACAAUGUAAAGAAAUAAUGUAGUGUCCAGACGCCACUUCUUUGGUUGCGUACAAAGUCAAUAGAGAGUUGCAUGCAUUUUCAAAGUAUUUUCUACCAAAAUUGGAAAUGUUUCUCAGUACCAGAUUCAUGUCUUCUCAACACGUUUGCAAUCCCACUGAGAUAAUACAUGAUGAAAAAAGUGGCGUCAGGAUGCAACAUUCUUUUACCAAUGGAAUAUGUAGUCAUCAUUCCGACAAAUUUGUGUUCUUUUAUUUUAACGAAUUGUAUGUGAGUCAGACUUUUUUUUUAAUAAAUAAAUUGGUGAAAUGCAACGAG